AUGGAGCCUUAUAGGGCUUUCUAUGGUUCCACUGUCCGAACCCUGGUCAAACGCUACACUGGGCUCCGCCCCAAGAAAGCUGUCAACUGGAAACGGCUUCGAUGCGGCUGUGGCUGCAGUGAUUGCUUUAAACUCGAUAGGUUCCUCACUGACCCCAACGAACGGGUAUGCCAUUUCCCGGUUUCCAAGCAAAGGCGAUACCAUCUACAUCUCCAGUUGGACGGUGCAGACUGCACCCAUUUGACAGACCGUCGGGGCUCACCCCAGACUCUUGUUGUGACAAAAACAGGGAGAAGACACGGCACGGAUUUACAGGAAUGGAGA